AUGGAUCCUGUGCUGGUGGUGCUCGAAGAGCGGCAGCUCAGUCGGCAACACAUAGACCAGGUAUGCGAAUUAUUUGCAGAAGUAGAAGCCGGGGAUAUUUUUGUUGCAUUUGAGAUUCUCUGCAAGCUCCAAACAUACUACGAGGAGACGCAAUCGUGGUCGUUCAAGCUGCUCGCCCAGUACGAGUUCGACGCUCCGCCAAACGAGUUUGAAUUCGACCUUGCAAAAAUGAUCAACCAGCGCUCUCGCUCUCUGCUAAACAAAAUGGGGGUCUGGGACAUUACGGGGCUCAGGGACAAGGUCCAGCGGCUUCCGCAGCUCUCCGACUGGGGCAUGGUCUUGACGUCUUUAGUCCUCCGCAUCAUGAGUGUGUAUGCUAAAGUCGAGUUUAAUUUACGGCUUGCACUAUCCCGGUCGACCCUUGUUCGCAUUCACUGCGAACUGGCUGAACUCAUUGUCGAUCAGGUCGAUGAGACGGGAUCGACCCUUGUAAACAAAUACCGCAGCUUUGUGUCACAGCUGCUGAGGGAAAUGGAAGAGGCUCCUACUAUCAUCGAGCAAGAGAAAAUGUUCAAGACUGUCAACGACCUUCACCACAUGUUCAGUUCAUUCAAGGACAGCCAGCGUCCUGCCUCGGCUCCAGUCAACUCCAGUCCUUCGUGCUCGGCUCCUAGCCCGCCUUCCUCUGCACCUUCUUCCGCAUACUCUUCUUCCUCUUCAUCAUCUUCGGCCACUGCAUCGAGCUCUACAUUAGUCGCCGAUGGGUUACUGUCGAAUAAGGUUUUGGGUGCAUUCGACUCUGCCCGCACCGAGCAGAAACUCGCAAGACUGCGCACUCCUGUACAACCGUCGCCUUCCCCACCAUUGCCUGCUCAAACUCCACAAAACCUUAAUGUCAAAAUGGUUGAUGGGCGUAUGCAGGUCUAUCAGAACGGAGGCUUUGUCGACAUGCAGGACUGGCUUGAUUCGGCCAACAAUGUCAAAGUAGAUGCCCAUCGCCCAGCACAGCAGCCACAUCCCUUUGGAUCUGUCCCUUCUAUACAGAAAGCUCCACUGCUGGAGCCCCAAGCCCCCUCAAAGCCCAACAUUGCAUCCAGUGCAUUUUUACAAGCUAUGCGGACAGGCAGAUGGUAA